AUGGACACACUCAACAAAGGCAAAGGCACAGCAAAGGACACAGCCCGACCAUCGACGCACCUACGAGUGCCCGUGACCCAACACUUUGCCGCGAUCGAGUUCCCCGGUCCCGUUCGUCGGCUCGACCGGGCGCUCGAAGCCGUAGGGGGCCUCAAGCACCUCUCCGAAGCGUUGUUGAACCCGAGCGACAACACGCCCACGAACGCGAUCGAGUUGCAACUGAACCGAGGACCCAAAGGCGUGUACACCCAUCCCGUCCCGGCGACCAUCGUUUCGGGCGGUAACAUCGUCUUGCGCCUCACCAAACGGAGGCGAAAGCGACCUUUGCGCGAUGCAGAGGGCAACAUCGUCGAACAGGGAAUCUACUCGAUUGAACCGCUGGGAGUGGCCAGUCAGAACAUACGCUUCAGGGGUGGGUCCCAUCGGAGAUCGUUCACUCGUCCGCACGCGUCGCUGACAUCACGUGCCUCGACGCGUCCCUCCGCGUCGCUCCCCGUGCCUCGACUCGAUCGAUCGCAGCCACCGCCGACUUCAAAGUCCAAGUCAACCAACAGGAUCCGGCCGUACAGAUCGCAAACGCCGUCAGAGCGAUGGACAGUGAGCGCAACAGACCGCUAGUUGAUAGAUCUCCACCCGAUGGCUCAACCUCCCCGCUCAUCCCCUGUCCACCACGCAGUCGAUGCGAUCCUCGAUUAUCGACUACCCGAACCUAACGAGAACUUUACCGACGAUCUCUUCUUACCACCGCCCAUCUUUGCGCGCCACACCGUCCCCCUCAAAUACGAGUCAGUUCCUCGUCGCCUCUGUUGCUGCCCUUGACAGUCCAAAACUGACCUGCCCGUUGACAACGACACCAAAAGGUACAAACCGGCGGCUCGCACGGUCCCGACGACCUCGAUCCGCCCCUCGGGCCAAGAAGUCCUUCGUCUCGCCAGCUCAACUCGCUACAAGACCAAACCCCACACGACCAUACCCCACAGUUCCCCGACGGUCCCCUCCGAACCCACGCCCGAAUUGUUGCAAGUCGUGGGGAGGAGGACCCACGACGCGCUCGAGAUCAAGUUGUUGGCUUAUCUCGAACGAAGACCGGUUUGGACGAGGCAAAGUUUAUUGAAUCAAUUGAGCGAGCAGGAGUUGAGGACCAUCCAAAAGUCAGUCCUGGUCGCUUUACGCAGGGUUCUCAUGUGACCCCAGAAGCUGAUCAAUUCGCCUUUCUUCCUCGCUCACCAGUCGGAAGACCGCGAUCCCCAUGGUCUCCUAUUCGUUCCAAGACGGUCCUUUCAAAGAACUCGUCAUCAGAUUCUCCUACGACCCUCGUCAACACGUCGAAGCGCGUCUGUACCAACACAUCGUCCUGCGCAACCAACUCAACGUACGCUCCAAAGCGCCCGCAGCGGGACUCUCCAUCGUUCCCGGUGCGGCAUCAUCUUCGUUAAGGACGUCCAAGUCGAAAUCAUCCCAUACCUUCGAUGGUCAAAACCUCUAUUCCCCCGUCGCGAACUUUCAACUCAUCGACAUUUCCGAUCCCCUCUUGGUCGAACUCAUUCAUUCCCCUGAAGCGAUCGCCGAGACUUGUUCAGCCGAUUUGGAGGGUUGGUACAAGCGCCAUUAUUUCGAACAGAUGAGAUUGGUGUUGAAGAGGAAGUUUGCGGGUUUGGUCAAUGGGAUCAUCGUGGGUAGUGAACAGUGUAGGGAUUUGUUGGGCGAUCCGAGGGGGAGGUUCGCGGUUAGUACUACGACGAUGACGACGGGGGGUGCGGGGGUUGGUGGGGAGGAGGAAGGGGUGGAGCUGAAAGGGAAGGGGAAAGCUCGAAGAGAGAGUGCAAGUGCUGGACCUAGUGGAGACGACGAGGAAGAUGGCUCGACUUCGCCCACGACAACGAUCAAGACGAAACCGAGAGCAAGUUAUCGACCCCGAGUUUCGAUGGGUGGUGUGAGUGCUCGUUUGCCUUGGGAGAGGAAUCGAGUCAAGGUUCGAGCCAAGGAGAAGAAAGAACCGGAGGAUCAGAGGUCGGCGAGGUUGAGGAAGAAGAUUGGGAUGGCGGAGGUUGGGAUGGGAGGGAGGUCGGAGAGUCCGAUUGGCAUGGGGGAGGGAACGGAUGAGGAUGCGGAUGCGGAUGAGGAUGCGGGUGGGGAUGAGGAGGAGGAAGAGGAGGAGGAGGAGGAGGUGGAGAUCGAUGAAGAGUGA